AUGACAUUUGAAGCUGCCUGGCUACAAGGAAGACCAGCAGGGUCUCAUCGUGAUGCCUUCUCAGCUGUUGCCAACAUGGGGGCUGAUGCUCCCGAAACCGAAAACAAGGAAGCUACCAAGUCCAAAAGUCCAAGAACAGAUGAUCAAACUUUAACUGGUUUGUUGACUCGGUGCCAGAUGCUUAAGGUUGAGGUCGAAGCCUCCAUGGAGAACAGGAAGGGACCUGCAUCGUCAACAACUUCUCUCACAAUCCCACCGGCAACAACAACAACUCAGGAAGUCAGUCCACCAAUUACGCCCGGAAGUACGAGCGUCAGUAGUUCUCCCAAAAGCUCUCUUCAUACUAUACCAGAACUUCCUCCAGUUAUACCGAGAGCUUCAUCAGUGGCGUUACGUAGGCCACAAUCCGAAAUACAGACAUCGUCACCAACUCUAUCAGCAGAUAUCGCAAUGCCAAUGCCCGUGUUGAGACCCAGGCCUCAACCUGAUGGCAUACAGCCUCGUCCGAAAUCUCUUCCUGUAAAUAUGUCCAUGACCCCUGAUAUACCUAUGUCCCCCUUGAUUGUAAAAUAUCGAGAGCUCUCCUCACAGUUAUCCCAAUCAACGAAACCUAUCGACGAUCAGCAACAGCAGCACCCGCAGAUACCUACGAGACCAAUGGCUGGUUUCAACGUAGUCGGGAGGAGUAGAGCAAAGAGUAUAUCUGAAGCUGAGGAGCUACCAUCACCAGUAUCUCAACUUCGUAGAAUGUCGAAGGCUUCAGUCUCUACGACGGAUUUGCCAUCAUUGAAUCUGCAACAACCUGCAAGAGCUGAUUCCGAUACCAUACGAAUGCAAAUGGCCAAAAUCCUUGCUCAAUUGCAAUUAUCUGUCACGUCAACGUCCAUCCUAGCUUUUAGAACGAGUCUCGUGGCAUACCAAAUGACCCUCAUUGUACAUUCCCUCUUUCUAAAAAUCGCACCAAACGACUUUUUAAAGCAUAAACCACCUCAUCAACCCUCAUCAUCGAUACACGCCUCUACGGAAUUCUUCAACUAUACCACUCGAAUAAUCGAGAGCUCUGUACUAGAACCUUUAUUACCGAUAGAUAGAGCCAGCUGUAUUCAUUCCUGGAUAAAAGUCGCUGCUUGCUUCUAUGGAUUACGAAAUAUGCAAUCACUUAAGGCAGUCAUCGCAGCUCUAGGAACUCCACCCAUGGUCCGACUAAGAAAGACAUGGGCUCUAGUACCACGUAAAGAUCUAGCCACACUGAAAGGCUUGAAAGAACUCGUAUCUGAAGAUGAUAAUUACGCGCAGUAUCGAGAAUGGCUCAAAACCAAUACUAGACGACCAACAGUGCCUUAUUUAGGUGUCUGGUUGCAUGAUUUGACAUAUUUGACUGCUGCUCUGUCUAAGGAGGGCAGCACUGGUAUAUCUAAUGAUAGACGAGUCAAAGAAGUACUUGAUCAGAUUGGCUUUUGUGCUGGUGGUGGUCGUUAUUCAAAGGAUGAUUUGCGAGAAUUGGCCAGUAGCUCAUCAUUUGGCUGGAUUGGACGUCGAGGUGGAGCAUUGAAUCCUAAUGCACCUGAAGAAGUUAUUGCAGUCCUGAAGGAUCUUGAUGAGGAUUCCAUGGGCCUGUUUGUCUCGCAUUGGAUUCUGUCUCGAAAAUGGCAAUCAGAACGAGACGUAGACGAAUUGUCCCUAGCGCGAGAGCCCAAGACCGAUAAUCUAGCUACAAGUCGUGAUCUAACUGGUAUAUUGGCAGGCGUGACUCCAUCAGCAGCCACGGCCUCUAUAGAUGAUUUCGCCCCAAUCAAUCCAAUGUCACCAUCAGAUCCUCAUUGGCGGGCUAGUCAGGACUUUGCUGAUUAUCUUGUAGGCGUGGGUCUAGACUUCUCUCCAGCUGAAUUAGAGCAAGUCAUGGCAUUCUCUGAUACUCGAAAGCGAGGGUCCAAUACCUCAUUGUUUGACGCCUUUAGAAGUGCUACGGGACUGUCGAGAACACCCAGUAGGCCUGCUUCUGUAGCAACAUCAGCAGAAUCACCUAAACUAGAAUCUAUUCGAGCAGCGUCGGGUACAUUAAGUAGACCAAGGUCUCGAUCUGGCCCCGUAAAUCCAGACGGAGUAUUGCAAAGGCCUAUACAUCCAGAAGGUGUAUCUCGCAGUUACCCAUCAAACAAUGACCCGUAUAAUCGAUCUUCUGUAGCCAGCUCUCUUGCCUCAUCGAUGGAAGGAAGUGAUGAUUGGUCUAUAGGGUCAGCUCCUGAUAUUAUAGAACACGGAGACAAUUUGACGAAUUCACCUAAUGAAUUACGUCCUGUACGAUUGGAUCGAACACGUAGAGGCUCGUCACCUCCUAGAAUGACACCGAUAGCUCCAUAUUUGGGUCCAUCUCCCAAAGGAUCUCCCAUAUCCACAAGCUUUGGUGCGGAUAGUGUAAAUACCAAACCCGCAACAAUCCCACUACCAGCUAGACCUCGUCCCAGUGUAACAAUACCACCAAAACCCGCAUUAAAGAGUCCUCCGCCGAAACCCGCUAGAUCCGGAAGGAACUUGAAUUUAACUCCCUCUUCGCCAAUAUCACCAAUUGCAAAUGGAGUCAGUAUGUUAUGGAAUGGAGUCAGUGGAGAGCAACAAAAACAGCCUCCAUUGCCCCCUAGACCUGCACCGUAA